UUCGCCGGUAGCUACUGCGCAUGCUGAGAAGUCUGAGCAUGCUCAGUAACAGCUUAGGGACCAAAACCCGAACUGACUUGACUCAGCCCAUGAUCACCCCGCAUCCUCAACUGCCCCAGCAGGACCCGGUGUGGACACCAACUGCCUCGCGCCCGCGAGUAGCCGCUAGGCGAAACGCUGCUGCUUCGCCUUCCCCAAGCUGUAGGGCCGCGCCCCCGCCUUCGACGGCUGGAAACCUGUUGUUUGGACGCUGAACUAUGACAUCAUGGCAAGAUUUCACAGAAGAACGUGCAUUAUUUUGUUGCUUUUUAUUUUAUUCAUUUGCUCCAUGAUGAUGGCUUUGAAGACUCUGAGACCUGACAGAGCUGGUUUUGGGGAUCCAUUUGGACUUGGUCUCUUACCGGAACUUCAACAACGGACAACACUCUUAGAAAAUAAACACAGUCCCCUAACUGCUGCCAAGGGGGAUAGCGUAACACACACCAAUAAUUUGCACACUAUUGCAUUGAAUAGCAUUAAAACAUCUAUGGCCUCUGUAAGAAAGUUGGAAGAGGAAUUGCCUUCCCCUAAUUAUAACUUUCAUGUGUUCUACUACAGCUGGUUUGGGAAUCCACAAUAUGAUGGUAAAUAUAUUCAUUGGAACCAUCCACUGGUGCCACAUUGGGAUUCCAAAAUUGCAAACAAUUACCCAAAGGGAAGACACAAUCCUCCAGAUGAUAUUGCGUCCAGUUUUUACCCUGAACUUGGAACUUACAGCUCUAAAGACCCUUCUGUCAUAGAAGCCCACAUGCAACAAAUGCGUUCAGCCUCUGUUGGUGUCAUAGCCCUUUCUUGGUACCCUCCUGGUAUGGCUGAUGAAAAUGGGGAACCUGGUGAAGAUUUGGUGCCUGUUAUUUUGGAUAAUGCACAUAAAUAUAAUCUAAAGGUCACUUUUCAUAUUGAGCCAUAUAAAGAUCGAGAUGAUCGCAGUAUGUACAGCAAUGUGAAGUACAUUGUAGACAAAUAUGGAGGCCAUCCAGCUUUUUACAGGCAUAAGACCAGCACAGGCAGAACCCUCCCCAUGUUUUAUGUUUAUGAUUCUUAUGUAACAAUCCCUGAAAUAUGGGCAAAUCUAUUAACUGUUUCUGGAUCCCAGAGCAUUCGCAAUACACCAUAUGAUGGAUUAUUCAUUGCACUUCUAGUGGAAGAAAAACAUAAACAUGAAAUCCACAGAAGUGGUUUUGAUGGAAUUUAUACAUACUUUGCCACCAAUGGUUUUUCUUAUGGCUCAUCUCAUCACAAUUGGCCAAGUCUAAAAGCCUUUUGUGACAGCAGCAACUUAAUGUUCAUUCCAAGUGUGGGACCAGGAUACAUUGACACCAGCAUCCGACCAUGGAAUAACCACAACACCCGCAACCGUGUUAAUGGGAAGUAUUAUGAGACUGCCUUCAGUGCAGCACUUUUGGUGCGACCAGAAAUUAUUUCCAUCACCUCUUUCAAUGAAUGGCAUGAAGGGACUCAGAUUGAAAAAGCUGUUCCUAAGAAAACUGGACAGGUAACUUACCUGGAUUACAAGCCUCAUAAACCAACUAUGUAUCUGGAGCUCACUCGCAAGUGGUCUGAGAAAUACAGUAAGGAAAAAGAACAAUGGCUUAUGUGA